AUGGUAGACAGAGACCCAGGAUCACCCACCUGGAAGUUCACACAAUGUUUUGGCGAUAAAGGUGAUGUAGAAGAUAUCACAGAAGCGGAUAUUAUCUCCACCGUUGAAUUUGACCACACUGGUAAUUACUUGGCUACGGGAGACAAAGGAGGACGUGUGGUUUUGUUUGAACGAAACGAAACGAAAAAAACUUGCGAGUACAAAUUCCACACCGAGUUCCAGUCGCAUGAGCCGGAGUUCGACUACCUCAAGUCUUUAGAGAUUGAAGAGAAGAUCAACAAGAUAAAAUGGUGUCGACGACAGAAUGCAUCACACUUCCUCCUUUCAACAAAUGACAAAACCAUUAAGCUGUGGAAGGUUUUCGAUAAGUCAUUGAAGGUGGUCGCUGAAAACAAUCUGUCGAAUGAGAUGACUCCGGCGGCUCCCAUGGGUGGCUUGCCGCGGGCUCCUCGUGGAACUUUCAAGGACGCGUCUGCGCUUAAGCUGCCUCGUUUGACACAUCAUGAUACAGUGGUAGCAGCAGUCCCCCGGCGCACCUUUGCCAAUGCCCAUGCGUACCACAUUAAUAGCAUCUCCGUGAACAGCGACGGUGAAACCUUCAUCUCCAGUGACGACCUCCGAGUCAACUUGUGGAAUCACAAUAUUCAAGACCAGAGUUUCAACAUUGUGGAUAUCAAGCCUGCUAACAUGGAGGAGCUCACUGAGGUUAUCACAGCCGCUGAAUUCCACCCGGUUAGCUGUAAUUGGUUCAUGUACGCCAGUUCCAAGGGUACCAUCAAGCUUGCCGAUAUGCGUCAGCGGGCUCUUUGCGACGAUCACGCUAAAUUGUUUGAACAAGAAGAGGAUGCCUCCUCUCGCUCUUUCUUCUCCGAGAUUAUUUCAUCCAUCUCCGAUGUGCGAUUCUCACAUGACGGCCGAUACAUUGUAUCUCGGGACUACUUGACUGUAAAGAUUUGGGACGUUAACAUGGAGCGCCAACCCAUCAAAACUAUCCCUAUUCAUGAACACCUCCGGCCUCGUCUUUGCGACACCUAUGAGAAUGAUAGCAUCUUCGACAAGUUCGAGGUUGUCUUCUCAGGUGAUGCUGAGAACGUUAUGACUGGAAGCUACAAUAACAACUUCAUGAUCUACCCAACAGAGGAGAGUAAGGAGACGGAGAUUGUGCUACAGGCAGACAAGUCAGCCUUCAAGGCGAAGAAGGUUGGCGUACCCACGCCCAUGAACAAGCCUGGAAAGAAGGCAGGUUCACGGUCCGGAAGCCCUGCUGGUCCGGGUAGCCGCAUGAAGAAGGAGACCGAUGCCGAUCAAAUCGACUUCAACAAGAAGAUCCUUCAUAUGAGUUGGCACCCCUUCGAGGACAGCAUUGCCAUUGCUGCCACCAACAAUCUUUUCGUCUUCUCUGCUCUGUAA